UUACAAACCAACAUGGAAAAUGGACAUAUUUUGUCCGCAGCAAAUGCUGGUAUAAACAACAUGAUUACUCCCUCCUCAAAUGAUUGUAAAUAUUUUGAAGAACGACCUUGUGAAAAGUAUAUCCAAUUUAUGGAUUCGUCUCGUCAAGAACGUACUUUCAUGAUUGAAAGAUUAGUCGAAACUUAUGCAAACGUAAUUGAUUCAAUUUGGAACAUAAAAUUUCAGCUUGGACAACCUAAAACUAAAGUUAUUCCUACAAAAGCAUUUUGCAGUGAAAUUCUUAAGCGAUCUAAAGUAACUUACACCACUGUUCAACUUAGUCUUUUUUAUAUUUUUCGAGUUAAGAAAUUAAUUCAUGAAAAGCUGUGUCAACGUCUUGAAACACCUUCUAACACGAAUGCAUUGGAUGAUAUGAUUUGUUGUGGAAGACGUAUGUUUUUAGCUUCACUUAUGGUUUCCUCUAAAUAUCUUCAUGACAAGAAUUAUCACAACAAAGCAUGGGCCAAAAUUACUGGACUCAAGAUCUCAGAGAUUAAUGCUGCGGAAAUGGCAUUUCUUAAAUUGAUCGAUUAUCGUCUUUAUAUUAGUAAGCCUACAUUUGAUAAAUGGUAUACACAAAUACAUGGUCAUAUUCAGAAAGGAUACAAAUCAUCG